ACUCGCUUCUCGCAAUCCCGAUCGAAUCCCUUGUCCUCCCUUCCCCUGCUUCCGCUCUCGAUCGCCUUCGGACGAGAAGAGAUAUCGAAGAAAUCGAUCGAAUCGAGCAUGGAGAGCUCUCGCUGUGUGGGGCUAAUGGCGGUCGUCGCGGUCUCGGCCACCGUCGCCGUCUUCGCCCUCGAAGUCCACAAGCGCCUCGCCUCCUUCUUCAUCCGGAAGCUCGAAUCCGAGAUCGGCCAAGCGAGCAACAGGGGAAAGAAGAAGGUGACGUUUGCGCCCGACGUGGUCGAGCCAUCGUCGAACAGCAAGGAGUACCGCCGGCGGUGGAGUAGCCGUCGCCGGCCCGACUCCGGCUGAGAUGGCCGUCGAUUUGGUUGUUUGUUAGGGAAAGGAAAUUACCCCUUGUGACGAUUUUUCUUUUUGGGGGAAACGUAGUAGUAAUGUUAAUUUCUAUCCAUCCAAUUUCACCUGAAUCAUACUUUUAGAUCGAUACAGAAAAACAAACUCAACAAAAUUCUGUUUGAAGUUGAUAAUUUGAGGU